CUAUAUAUAUAUAUAUAUCCAUGACUUUUGCCCAAACCAGUCGCGUCUUUCACAUUCUCCAUCCUCCCGCUGCUGUCUGAGUAUCACCCAACAUGAGAGCCGUGGUUUUGCUGUGCCUGCUGCAUGCAGCCGCCGGUAUGAGCGCGUUCAACUGGGACGGACCCGGGCGAGUGGCUCCGGAUCCCAUCACCAAUCCAGCCAGCGCCUGCAGCGUGGACCAGCUUUCCUGCGACUGCUGCAAGAUGGUGCGCGAGACGAACCGACUGCAGACCUACUUCGACGCAACUCUGACUAACCUGGAGGGGGAGCUGGAGAAAGCCAACCAGAGCUUUGUCGCUCUUCAAACCAAACGCGUCGCCUUCUCCGUCUCUCUGUACACCGGAGACAAUUUUAAGUGUUACGGGCCGUUUGCCGUCAGCACCGCCGUCGCGUACCAGCACGUCUUCCUGAACCUUGGGACGGCCUACAACAUGGCCAACGGGGUCUUCACGGUGCCCUACCCGGGGGUCUACAGCCUGGCCGUGACUUCCUUCAGCGACGCCGGUUCUCCCGGUAACAUCCUGGCCGUCUGCACCAGCCUGCAGGUCAACGGCCAAGUCGUGGCCGGAUCCAGAGAACUCAACAGGAACGACCAAGAGGACAGCGCCACCAUAGCCGUCGCCCUGAGGCUGAAAGCGGGGGACAAAGUGUCCGUCAUGCUGUCCGGGGGAUGCUACCUCUGCGACGACUCUAGCCACUAUAACACUUUCAGUGCCUUUCUGCUCUAUGCCGAUGCGUAAAUUAGUGAAUUCAGUUCCCUUCUUUGUAAUGACUCAUAAACCCUUACAUCAUUAUAGUCUGAUCUCUAUGAGGGAGAACCUAGAAGCAUUCACCCUGGGCGGUCUGAAAGUUUUCCCAUCACGAAGUGUGACUAUCUUUGCUCUGUACCAGCUUAUGUUUUUUUUUUUUCCUCAUCAAAUUAUGACGUUUCUUGUUUGAUUCGAGGCCCUAACCUCUAACACUUUCAAACGUGUUAAUGACAACGAAACUAAAAAAGUUUCCUAUAUUUGCAAUUUUCUUUUUCCUCUGAGUUGUUGUGUAUUUCUUUACACGCAAGGAAGUGUAAUAAAAUUGAAUUACAGGAAUGUGAACAUUGA